AUGUUUCCUGUAGAACCAAUAUUGGCGGAAGCAUCAGCUCAGAUCAUUCAUUUCUACAACAUAUCCCUAGUCUCGUUACUUGAAAAACUUAUUUCAGCUAUACGAAACGGUUGGAUUGAAGGAGGAUAUCGUGGAGAAUUAGUGGCACGCCUCAUACUUAUGCUAGCUAUGGAAACUUGCAUCAAGAAAACAAUAAGCGAAAGACCCAAACACAAUCAAUUUUCUCAUCCUGUUCUUGUCAAUGAUUUCAUUGAAGCUUUGUUCGGUGUGAGACUGGAUGACUGGUUUAAGAGUAACUACAAUGAUGAAGAUGAAGAAUUAAAAAAAUUCAAGCCUCGAUGUGUUGGACAGCUUGUUUGUGGAAUGAUAUUCUUUACCUCUUUCAUAUCCAUUACGUACACACCAACUUCCAAUGAUAU